AUGGACUACCACACGGAAUUGUUACAAUCGUUUACCUUCUUAUUUUGGAUUUCCUAUUCGAAAUAUCGAAGGAAACAAGUAUUGAUAUUAUGUCAUAUUUCUUUACAUGCGGCGAACACCGGAGAUAUCCUUUGUGAAUUGUACGAACCAUCAACCAGCAAGGAAUUUCGUUCCGCGAUUUAUGACUUUACUCUACAGCAUAUUCAAAACCCACUGAUCUUUAAAGUUUGUGGCUUUUUUGAUCUCGACUAUACUUUGAUACUUUAUUACAGUUUCUUAUUUUUUGCUGUUAAAGAUAUAAUUAAUACUUUUAUGAAUCUUCAAGCAACAGAUAUGUUGGGAAUAAUUACCAAAUUUUCGUUUAUUCAAAACAGUUUCUUGUAUGGUCUAAUAAUUUUUGCUGGUUUUACGAGAAAAAAGUGGGUAAAAUUGUUCCUAGAACAAUUAGAAGUUUCUACACAAAGAAUUGACGAACUUAACGUAUCGAAAAAUUAUUCUUUUCUUUUUUGGUAUCAAUGUAUCGCAGGAAUAAUAUUGAUAUUUGUGAUAUCAGGCUAUAUUAUUACCAAUAUUUUUUGGUUCUCUGAUUGCAACUUAUCGAUAGAUUACAGUUUGGUAUUACAGUUCUAUUACUUCGAAACUUAUCCUUCCAUCGUAAUGAUAAUCACCGACUUUACUUUCAUUUUCUGGACCAGAUAUGUAAAGAUCAAUUUUCGUCAAUUGAAUACUGUACUUCAAAAUAUGCUGACAACAACUAUCGGUUCUCCUCAACAUAAGAGAGUGCUUCGAAUAAAGGAUAAUUGGGAAGAUGAUUCUUCGUUAUCUACUAUUUAUCGAACAUACAAAACGAAUGAAAACCUUAUUAAAUUAAAGAGAAUCAAGUAUAUAAAAAUGUUAUUUGGUCAAUUAAACGCUGUACUUCAAAGCAUGCUGGCGACAACUAUCAAUUCUCCACAACAUAAGAGAGUUCUUCGAAUGAAAGAUAACUGGGAAGAUGAUUCUUUGUUAUCUACUAUUUAUCGAACACAAAUCCAUUUGGAAUUAAUAAAAUGUGCCGUUAUUCUAAACGAGGGUUAUGGAACACAAAUUCUUCUAUCCAUGUCUUCAUCCCUUAUAAUUAUCGUUACAAAGUCUAUAUUCAAUUCUUUUAUUUUUCUAUAUGCCAUGAAUACUGGAGACAUUCUUUAUGAAUUAUAUGAACCUUCGACCAGCCGAAGAUUUCGUGAUGAAAUCCGUGAUUUUACAUUUCAACUAGUACAAAAUCGCUUGACGUUUACCGCCUGCGGAUUUUAUGAUCUAAAUCAUACAUUCAUAUACAGUAUAAUCGGUUCGAUUGCUACCUAUCUUGUUAUUCUUAUUCAAGCUGAAGAUAGAUUUAAAGUAUUGUCUAACAAUACGAAUCAUAAUUCAACGUCGGUGAUAUAA